UCAAGUGCAAGUAUGAUACAGGAUACACACAAAACAAGAAAUAUUUCUGUAACGGUCCAUGGAAAGGCUGUUCUGACCAAAUAAAGACAGGAGUUAAGAACGAGUGGAUAAAUUCAGGAAGAUUCUCACUUUAUGAUGAAACGAAAUCAGCAGAGUUCUGGGUGAUGAUCAGAAAUCUCACUGUACAGGACACUGGCACAUACUACUGUGGAGUUGAUAUACUAUUGUGGAUAGACAAUUACACAUCAGUGGACCUGAAGGUAAAGGAAGGUGAGGUCUCUAGAGCAGUAAGUGCACAUGCAGGGGGAGGAGUCAACAUCAAGUAUCGGUCCUAUGAGAAGUCCAUCAGUGAGACUGUCCAUGUAGGAGGAGAUUUGAACUUCAGCUGUAAAUACCCAGAAUCCCUCAGGAGUAAUCCCAAGUUUCUCUGUAAAAUGAGGCUGCAAGAUUUUGCUUGUUCUUAUAAAAAAUCUAUUAAUGAAAGUGGAAGAUACAUAAAUAUGGGGAAAUUCUCCCUGUAUGAUGACAGAGAAAGACAAAUCUUGAGUGUGAGUAUUAGAAAUGUAACUGAGGGAGACUCUGGUGAAUACUGGUGUGGAGCUGAAGCAGACUGGGAAUCUGAUGAUGGAUACAAGGUUUAUUUCACACAGAUCAACCUGUCAGUUACUGUGUACUCCCGCACCAUCUGGUCCAUCACAUCCACGCCACACUUUGUGGUGUUGUAA